ACUGUAGGCGCUGUUUUAAGAACAUUAUCCAGCUGCGCUGCUGCUGCCGUCAUACUCUCAGCCCUUUUGUGCAACUUAAUCCCUCCCAAUAUUGAUGCUUUUAGUCUCUUUUCGUCGAGAAAGAAGCAUCUGAAGCGAAGGACAUUGUAUCGAUGGAGGAAGAUGAUGGCGACUUCAUCCCUGAGCCAUCAGAACACUCUCAUUCCCAGCGAGGAAGUGUGGCUUCCUCAGUCACCAGAGCCCAGGAUUUGUUGGUGUACUUGGCGAGUGACAGUGCAGUGCACAUGACUUUGGAGAGUCUUGGUUGUAUGAAUGCUCAGGAGCUUGGUCGCAAUGUCCGGGAGGCCCUCAACAUUCCCAACUCUGCUGUAGAUGUGUUUGCUUUCUGGUUCUGCUCUCCCUUGCUUGAACUGCAGCUGAAGCCAAAACAUCAGCCCUACAAGCUGUGUCGUCAGUGGCAGGACCUGCUCUACCGCUUCACUGAGGCCCCUGCAGAAGACAUUUCUCAAGAUGAGCCCAGCCUUCUGUACAAAAGAAAUGUUUUUUAUCCCAGGUCAAAAGAACUUCAGAUUGAAGAUGAAGGAGUUUUAAGGCUGCUUUAUGACGAGGCCAAGAUGAAUAUCUUGCAGGGCCGUUACCCUUGUGACCCUGAACAGUGGUUGACGUUGGGAGCGUUGUCCUGUGCUAUUGAGCUGGGGACAGGGCUAGAUGACAAGGCUGUCAGAGCAGCAAUCAGAGAGAAGAAGCUGUCCUCCUUCCUGCCAGCCCAUGUUGCAUUAGGAGGAGGUUUUCUGUCCACACUGAGGGGGUGGGGAGGGCGACACGCUGAGAUGGAGCAAAAUCUUAUAAAGGAGUAUCAUUCAGUCUGCUCCUCUUCUGCAUCCAGCUCCACCCAGGACCCCACAGUUCUGCUGCAUCAGUACCUCAGGAACAGCCACACCUUGCCUUACUAUGGAUGUGCUUUCUUCAUGGGUGAGAUAGACAAGCCAGCCCAGGGCCUCCUUCACAGAAGUGGACGUAAGGCUGUGAACGUAGGCAUCAGUCUGGAAGGAGUAUAUGUCAUGGAUGUGAAAGAGAAGCAUGUCCUCCUUGGUCUGAAGUUUAAUGAACUUUCUUGGGACCACAGUUACCCAGAGACAGAGGGUGACUCGCAUAUACUCUGGCUGGAGUUUGAUGGGGAGGAGGCUGGCGUGCCUGUCAACAAAUUAUUAAAGAUUUAUUCCAAACAGGCAGAGCUGAUGAGCGGUCUGAUUGAGUUUUGUGUGGAGUUACGCUCUGUUGGUGAGUCAUCGGCUACAGGGACUGAUGGUGAAGUCACACCUUCCCAAGCACCUUCGGGUCAGGUGGAAGGCAGCGAGAAAACUCGAGAGAAACGGCAGGGGAAACUGCGCAGACUGAGCAGCGUGGUCUGUAGCCGAGUACAUUCGCUCAGUACCAUCAGCUAUGUCAAUGACGGUAAAGAGAUCAAGCGCCUGAAGCCAAAGAGAGCUGCUUCUUUUUUCACACGACAGACGCAGCCCCCCACUUACUCAGCUGUUGAGGUGACUGAAAAUUUGGAGCAUGGGUGAGCCCCAACUUCACCACUGCCCUCUUCUGCCCUAUGACCAAAACUACAUCUGUCCACUGAGAUUCCUAGAGACACUGUUCCUUACACAAUACGGAACUGAUCUGAAUGGAUAGAUCGGACCAAGAACAAAGACCGACGAGCUGAACCACUAUUUAUAGAUGAUUUGUGCAUUGUUACAAAGCUUUCUCCGUUGGCCGUUUAAAAAAAAAAAAAAAAAAAGAAUGUGAAAUUUGAUUUAAUUGUGCUGUUGUGUUAAAGACAUUUUGGUUCUAUUGCAGUGGCUGUUAGACAGACAAGGGAAUGGGGCAUGACAAACAGAUCUGAAAUCUCUAUUUAGGAUCUCUGAAUGUAGAUUUCAACUAUGCAACCAUCAAACCAAACUACAUCCCAGUGGCUUAAAUCAAGAGCACCAAAGCAAACAGUCAAUGCCUUUAGUAUAGGCCAACUGCUUCUAUACACAUACCAGGGCUCCUUUAUUUGGCAGAGCAUUGCAGAGGCUGCAUAGAGUGAGAAAUGACAUUCUGUGCUACAUGUCUACAGAAUGUUUAUAUUGUUUUUUAUUGGGCUUGUCUGCUUAUGCACAUUUCUACUGAGCAACAAGAUUGUUGUGGUACUACAUCAUCAAAUAGAUUUUUAUUUGUAUGUAUGACACAGCAAAUCAAGUGUUUUUGCAUAGUUCACAGAAACUUUAAUGCGUAGAGUCUCAAGACGACUUUUUUGAUAGAAGUUUGAGUAGCGUGUAUCAGUGGUCCCAUUACUUUGUUGCUUGGGAGAAUCAUGAUUUUCUGAUGAGGUGCAAUGUAACGCUCUGCUCAAAAAUAUCCAGGUCACACAAAAAUUAAUCUGCAUUUGGAAUGCCAAGAGAACCUUUUAGAUGUCUACAUUCACUUUAGUUCGCCACAUUAGUUUUAUAUCACCAGCUGUGGAGGUAUUUAGUUAUGCAGUGUAUGAAAAUUUUCACUAAGCAUUGUACUGUAUUUCCAGGCCUUUCGAGCUGAUGGAAAUUAACUAAAUGAAAUGUAUCAGAUGUUUUGCAAAAUGAAUGGCAACACAGGGCUUGACACUUGACUUGUCGGAUGUUAUUCUUAUGUGAUCCUAACAUCUAAAUGUCAGUUUACACGUGUUCAAUGGAAUAUAAAUGAGGCACUGCAAUAUGGUCAUAAAAAAGAGUUUCAGUCUACUGACUAUAAGUAAGCCAUCCAUAAGUAAAUUUUCUCUAAAGCUGUGAACACUGUGUCACUGUGGCGCUAUAUAAACAUAUUCCUGUGUUUAUUUUGAGCAACCUGCUUAGACCUGAUCCAAGAACAUUACUCAACCAAUGCCAUGAGUUGGGGGCGGGACUAUCUGACUUGUUUGAACAAUUGAAGAUGAGGGGCAUAUUCAGAAAGCUGUUUUGAAAACAUUGUUUAUUUUCGCAAUUCCGUUCAGUGACACUUGUGUCACAGAAAUUAUAUGCUUCUGCUUUAAAUCCCAUGGCUAGUGUUAUCUAUAAUCCCUUGCAAAACAGAGUGCAGUAACAACACAUUUUGUCUAAAUUGAGUUAUGACCAAAAUCUGGUCUCCUAGACCAUGACAGUACCAUGGCUACCCUGAUUUUCUGAAGUUUGCAUAAUUUCUGGAUCACUGUAUGGCUGAAUUUGUGUUCCUGAUGGUUAUCCAUUUUGCUAUUAAUGUUAAUGCACUUUUAUUUCUUUUUUUUUUUCUUUUCUUUUUUUUUAUACAAGAGACUUAAGCAUUAUGACAAGUAAACAAUGAAUUUUACUUGUCUGAAGGACAAAUACCUGGAAAAGCUUAAUGUCAAGCCUUACAAAAUGAACAGCUCUUUACUUACCAAACAGAAGUCUGUAUUUACCCAUGCUUGUCAUCUACAGGUUUAAAUUAAUUUUGUGAAAUAUGCAUGUUUCUGUAAACUUUCUUUACCUGCUUACAUAUGGGACUUGAUCACAUUUAAAAGUGUGUAAAAUGAAAAUAUUUCAAAAUUCCGUAAUAAGCUGAACUGUGAAAUGAAAACAGCACCCAGUGGUUUGAAAUACAGACCAGCAGAAUGGUAGAAAAUGAACUGUAUACACUGAAAUCAGAAAAUGUCACUGCAUAUGUGCAGAGCUUAUGUACUGCCAUCAAGACAAUAAUCCCAAAUUGCUUUAUCCCGAAUCUUCUGUAUUAUUGUACCAUACAUUAUCUUUUAUUUUAAAAUUAUUCUACAUGUCACAUACAGUAUAUGCACCCACUAACUGUACUGUAGUCACAUCUAUGUCAUAGAACUACUAAAUCUGUACUAAUUUAAAGUGCCUUUUUUGUGUUGUGAUUUUUCUCUCACUACAGUUUUAGCUGUCACAC